AUGGACGAGGAGGAGAUUGAGGGGGUGCCGGCCUUCUUCCACCGCCACCCUCUCCUCCUCUGCUUCCUCCUCUUCCUCGCCUUCACCUACGCCUUGGUCUACCCCGUCUUCGCCUUCAUCCUCGCCGCCGCCCCCGUCCUCGUCCUCACCGCCCUCCUCCUCGGCCUCGUCCUCCUCCACAGCGUGCCCCAGGACCACGACCCACAUGUCUACAACAAGAUCAGCCACCGCCCACCUCAAGUCCAACCAAGCACCACAGGCGCCAUCACCACACAUCACCACCGACCCUCCCACGAAUCCAGCGACUCCUCCUCCUCCGUCGACGAAAAUGACCACCACCCACCCACCGUGUCCAACGCCACCUCGCACGCCUCCUUCCCCGACACCGCCGCCAACAGCGAAUCAGAAUCAACCGACUCUGACCACGAAGAAAGGCAGCACAACCACCAGCGCUCCGAGAAAAAGGACGCGGUGCGGGCCGUCGCGUGGACGGCUGAUGACGCCAAGAGCAUCGAGAACAUCGGCUCGCUCGAGCUCGAGAUGAACGCCACCGUCGAGAAGCUCAUGUCCAGGCGCCGCGCCCGCGGCCACCAGCGACCUCUCCACCACCACCACCAGCAGCAGCACGUCAUGGAGCUUGACGACCCGUCCAAGCUCAGCAUCGCCACCAGGAAGAGGAACCCCUUCGACCUCGACGGGCCCUACGACGAAGACGACAACUUCCCCGACUCCGCACCCUCCAUGCUCGGCCUACGCCCCUCGCGCAACCCCUUCUUCGAUGAUAUGGACGACGAUCUCCAGCACCAAGCACCACCGGAGCCGUCGUCCAUCCCAGGGGCCCCGGCAGCGCAGAAGAAUGCCAUGCUGUUCCGACGGCAUGAGAGCUUCACCGUGGGUGCGCCGUACGUGAGCGACUUCCGGCCAUCCCGCUUCAGGCCCUACUUCGUCACCGAGAAGAUGCAGGGCCAGCCGGUGACGGUUCCCGAGGCCAGCCGCGAGAGCAGCUCCUCGUCCACGUCUUCCUCCUCUGCGGGUGCCACUGCUUAUGCCUAUGCCUAUGCCUAUGCCUACGCCUCCGCCAACAAAGAAGAAGAGGCAGCAGCAGAACAAGAAGAAGCUUUGGCAGCAGUAGAAGCAGAAGCAGCAACAAUGUUGGAGGAGGUGAAGCCUACCGUUGAGUACAGCAGCAGGUCUCAUGAGGUGGCGGCGGUGGACGUGGAGCUCAUCAGCGACUCUUCCGACGACGACAUGACACUGCCUGGUGGUGGCCAUGCCCAUAAAGGGCAGCAUGUACAGGCACAGCAGCAGCAGCAGGAGGAGGAGGAGGUGGCUGAGCAGGAGCAGCAAAUGACGAUGGAGCAGGAGCAGGAGCAGCGAAUGAAGCAGGAGCAGCGAAUGAAGCAGCAGUUGGCUGAGCAGGAGCAGCGGAUGAAGCAGGCGGCUGAGCAAGAGCAGCAAAUGAAAAUGCAAAUGCAGCAGCAGCAGCAGCAGCAGCUGGCGUUAUCAGACGACGACGAGGGGGAUUCGUUUGAGGUGGAGAGCAUCACGAAACAAGUAGCAGCAGCGGCAGCGGGCAAAACCAAACAGCUUGAGACAGAUCCUGCAUACGACUAUAGCCCGUCAAAGACGGAGAAGGCAGCAUUUGCCCAGUUACCUCCUCCGGCGCCGCCAAAUAAGCUGCAGACGAUGCGGAGAGUGUUCUCAGAAGAAGACGCGGACGAGCCAUGGGCAGCGCCGAGCGGACUGGAGGAGACAGCUGAGGAUGAGGGCAGGGAGCAAGACCCUCCUCUUUCUGCUCCUGCUGCUGGUGCUGCCCCUCCUCUUUCUGCGGCCGCCAAGAAAGCUAUCGGCAAGUCCACCAAGUACAAGCCGCCAUCCAAGAAGGCAGUCUUAGGCUUCUUCCGCAAGUGA